AUGGCCGUCGACAAGGUAAACGUAUUGGGCGACUCGCGCGUCGAGUAUCGCUCUGCGACACUUAAUGGGAACCAGUACUCCUAUCUCUUCAGUCAGCCACCAUCAGGACAAUACCGAGCAACUAUCUUCCUGAUCCAUGGCUUCCCCGACCUAUCCAUGGGAUGGCGCUACCAGAUCCCAAUGCUAGUCAACCUAGGCCUGCGGGUAGUUGCACCAGACUGUCUCGGCUACGGACGAACAGACGCCCCCGAAGAUCCCACCCAAUACUCCCACAAGCGCUGCGCAGAGGACAUAAAAGCCCUAGCUGCCCACCUGGACGCACCGAAGAUCAUCCUAGGCGGACACGAUUGGGGCGCUGCGCUGGUCUACCGCGUCGCGCUUUGGCAUCCCGAUCUGGUAACCCACGUUUUCACCGUGUGUGUCCCCUACGCCCGGCCCCAAGCGCAGGACGUCGCCCUGGAAGACCUCGUGCGCACCGCUGCGCCGCAUUUUGCGUAUCAGCUUCAGUUUGCCAGUGGGGAGUUGGAGAAGGUUGUUCGGUCGAAGGAUGAGAUUCGGCAGUUUUUGAUUGCGCUUUAUGGUGGGCGGACGGAGAAGGGUGAGCUUGGGUUUGAUGCUGAGAAGGGCGUGCUUCUUGAUCGGGUGGCCCGGUUGAGGCCUUCAAGGCUGUUGAGUGAGGAUGAACUAGAGUACUAUGCGACGGAAUUCGCUCGGCAUGGCGUCCAUGGACCGCUGAACUGGUACCGCACGCGAAAAGUCAACUACGAAGAGGAACUCGCUAUCCUCGACCGCCAAAUCACCGUCCCGCUACUGUUCAUCCAGGCCCUGAGAGACCAGGCCCUGCCGCCUCACCUGGGCAAAUCAAUGGCGAAGCAUAUUCCCAGUUUGACCCUGAAGCAGGUGAAUACUUCACACUGGGCAUUAUGGGAGAAGCCCGAGGAGGUGAAUACUAUCCUUGCUUCGUGGUUGAAGCAGGUGGUUUUUGUUGAUACUCGCUCGGGAAAGCUUUAG